AUGGUUUCCAAAAGAGAUCAUUUAUGGUUGGUGAUCAAGAACAAGCUGAAAACUCAAGAUAGGUUGGCGGUAUGGGAAGUGGGUAGUGCUACUAACCUUAAUCUUAUGUGUUGCCCCCUGUGUAGGAGGAAUCGUGAUUCUAGAGACCAUUUGUUCUUUCAGUGUUCGUUUUCCUCAAAGGUAUGGAAUGAUAUCAAGGUGAUGGCUUCGUUGGAUCAGAUUGAUGACUCUUGGCAAUCCAUUAUGGAUUGGAUGUUGGUUCAUGCUUCGUCUAAGAAGGUAGAUCACAUUGUUUGCAAAUUGGUCAUUGCGGCGACUACAUACUUUAUAUGGCUUGAGAGGAACAAUUGCUUGUUUUCUAAUAAUCUGGCUAAAGUUGAGUCGGUGGUUGAGAGGAUUAAGAACAUUGUCAGGUUACGGCUCAUGGGUUUCGAGUUCAAAGGUGACUCCAAAGUGGACCGGUUGUUAAAGAAUUGGGAGAUCGUUGCAGGCGAACAGAUGGAUGACCCGGGUUAG